GGUCAAACACAGAUUCCUACUGGAAAUCCAUUAUAUGAAUCUUAUUACAAGCAGGUCGAUCCCGCAUACACAGGGAGAGUUGGGGCGAGUGAAGCCGCUCUUUUUCUGAAGAAGUCUGGGCUCUCCGAUGUUAUCCUUGGAAAGAUAUGGGACUUGGCUGACCCAGAAGGUAAAGGGUUCUUGGACAAACAGGGUUUCUAUGUUGCACUGAGACUGGUGGCCUGUGCCCAGAGUGGCCAUGAUGUUACCUUGAGCAGUCUGAAUCUGAACAUGCCGCCACCAAAAUUCCAUGACACCAGCAGCCCUCUGAUGGUCACGCCGCCCUCUGCAGAGGCCCACUGGGCUGUGAGGGUCUGGGACCUCAGUGACAUCGACAAGGACGGGCACCUGGACCGGGAUGAGUUCGCUGUGGCUAUGCACUUGGUGUACCGAGCCCUCGAGAAGGAGCCUGUGCCCUCCAUCCUGCCCCCAUCCCUCAUCCCGCCCUCCAAGAGAAAGAAGACCGUGUUCCCUGGUGCUGUGCCUGUCCUGCCUGCCAGCCCUCCGCCAAAGGACAGCCUCCGCUCCACGCCGUCCCAUGGCAGCGUCAGCAGCCUCAACAGCACGGGCAGCUUAUCCCCCAAGCACAGCAUCAAGCAAACACAGCCAAUCAUAAACUGGGUGGUGCCUGUGGCAGACAAGAUGCGAUUUGAUGAGAUAUUCCUGAAGACUGACCUGGACCUGGAUGGCUACGUGAGUGGCCAGGAGGUGAAGGAGAUCUUCAUGCACUCAGGCCUCACCCAGAACCUUCUAGCACACAUCUGGGCCCUGGCCGAUACGAGGCAAACGGGGAAGUUAAGCAAAGACCAAUUCGCGUUAGCUAUGUAUUUCAUUCAGCAGAAGGUCAGUAAAGGCAUCGACCCCCCUCAAGGCCUCUCACCGGACAUGGUCCCGCCCUCAGAGAGAGGCACUCCCAUCCCGGACAGUUCAAGUUCUCUUGGCUCGGGGGAAUUCACGGGUGUGAAAGAGCUUGAUGAUAUCAGCCAAGAGAUUGCUCAAUUACAAAGAGAGAAAUUCUCACUGGAACAAGACAUUAGGGAAAAGGAAGAGGCAAUCAGACAGAAAACCAAUGAAGUACAGGAAUUACAAAAUGAUCUAGAUCGGGAAACGAGCAGUUUGCAAGAGCUGGAAGCUCAGAAACAAGAUGCUCAAGACCGCCUAGAUGAAAUGGACCAGCAGAAGGCCAAGCUCCGGGACAUGCUGAGUGAUGUCCGGCAGAAAUGCCAGGAUGAGACCCAGAUGAUCUCGUCAUUGAAAACACAAAUCCAGUCUCAGGAAUCUGACUUAAAGUCCCAGGAGGAUGAUCUGAACCGGGCCAAGUCGGAGCUGAACCGACUGCAGCAGGAAGAGACUCAGCUGGAGCAGAGCAUUCAGGCAGGCAGAGUCCAGCUGGAGACCAUCAUCAGGUCUCUGAAAUCAACACAAGACGAGAUCAAUCAGGCAAGAAGCAAGCUCUCCCAGCUGCACGAGAGCCACCAGGAGGCCCACAGGAGCCUGGAGCAAUACGACCAGGUGCUUGACGGGGCCCACGGCGCCAGCCUGCCCGACCUGGCCCACCUCAGCGAAGGUGUCUCCCUGGCGGAGAGGGGCGGCUUUGGAGCCAUGGACGACCCUUUCAAAAACAAAGCCUUGUUAUUCAGCAACAACACACAAGAACUGCACCCGGAUCCUUUCCAGGUGGAGGACCCCUUCAAAUCUGACCCCUUCAAAGGAGCUGACCCCUUCAAAGGCGACCCAUUCCAGAAUGACCCCUUUGCAGAGCAGCAGACAGCUUCGACAGAUCCAUUUGGAGGGGAUCCUUUCAAAGAAAGUGACCCGUUCCAUGGCUCUGUCACUGAUGACUUCUUCAAGAAACAGUCAAAGAAUGACCCGUUUACCUCAGACCCGUUCACGAAAAACCCAUCCUUACCUUCAAAGCUCGACCCCUUUGAAUCCAGCGAUCCCUUUUCAUCCUCCAGUGUCUCCUCGAAAGGAUCAGAUCCGUUUGGAACCUUAGACCCCUUCGGAAGUGGGUCCUUCAAUAGUGCUGAGGGCUUUGCUGACUUCAGCCAGAUGUCCAAGCCCCCAACUUCUGGCCCUUUCACCUCCUUGGGAGGGGCAGCAUUCUCAGAUGACCCCUUUAAAAGUAAACAGGACACUCCUGCUCUGCCUCCGAAGAAGCCCGCUCCUCCACGGCCUAAACCGCCCAGUGGUAAAAGUACACCUGUAAGCCAGCUUGGUUCUGCAGACUUUCCCGAGCCCCCUGAUCCAUUCCAGCCACUUGGGGCUGACAACGGCGACCCAUUCCAAAAUAAAAAGGGGUUUGGGGACCCGUUUAGUGGAAAAGAUCCAUUUGUCCCCUCCUCUUCAGCUAAACCUUCUAAGGCCUCUUCCUCGGGCUUUGCAGACUUCACCUCUUUUGGCAAUGAGGAGCAGCAGCUGGCAUGGGCCAAGCGGGAAAGUGAGAAGGCGGAGCAGGAGAGGCUGGCACGGCUGCGGCGGCAGGAGCAGGAGGACCUGGAGCUGGCCAUCGCUCUCAGCAAGGCUGACAUGCCGGCCGCCUAAGCACAGGCCCCGUGCAGGCGACAGGGCACGAGGGUUGGCCAGAGGAGAAAGCGCACACGUCUCUCUCUCCAUCCACACACACAUACACUCAGAGCAUCCCCGGCUCACGUUGUGAUAUGCCACAGCCACCGCAGGUCAAGGACUAGGGCUUUGGGGGGGCUUGUUCAGGGUAAGCAGAUGCAGCUCACCCCUGUGGGUAAGAAACAUGGGUGGA